AUGGAUAACAGACGUGCAUCCCCUAGCUACGAGGCAGGUUUUGACGCGUGCGAUCCUCUUGGGUCAGUGUUGGAGUGGUCAGGUCGGGGGCCGGCCCGCGUGCUUCGGCGACGCUGCCGAAGUGAAAGUAUAGAUAGGUCACCUUAUGAGGAUGUGACACGCGAGUUGAACCGGUCAGCGGAUUAUCACUCACGUCAACAACGCACCUUCCCAAAUAAAAGCUACUUUACCCUUAACGGCGGACAAGACGCGCGAUACGAUCGUUUCCAUUACGAGUGCUCCUUUGCGGCCGCCGAAAACGGUGAUUACGCUAUGUCGCAUGAUCAGCAAAGGUAUCAUGGUUAUCAGGCAGCCAGGUCAAAAUUACUUCGAUCAAGUCCUACUAGACCACUUAUAGUCACCCCUUUGUCAAAUUCAAAAGUAGAUGACAGCCGUUUACCAAAAGUUGAAGAAUUGUUAGAAAGAGUAGACCAUGAGAUGAUGGAAGUGCCAAUUACAAAGCAACCAUUAAAGUCUAUACUUAAUAAUCCUUUAUCAAAGUCCCCACCUCAUGGUAUUCUAAAAAAACCCAAAAGCCGACACUACCAGGAUACAAAGUCGAACAUUGAGGGAAGAAGAAGGCAGAGGGCAUCAAGUGAAUCAGAUAAUUUAUAUUGUAGCUUUCACAUAGGAUCUCCUAUACCUGGCUAUGAGAAUCGUCUCACCUACCUCUCUAAUAAUAUGAAGCGAGCAAAAGACAAUUCUGGAACUGGAUACUCUUAUGGGACGGCAGUUGCAGCAUUAACUACAGGAUUACGAACAAAAAGCCCUCCGCCAUACCCAAGAAGCCUUUAUUGCUCCUGUAAAGAUCAAGUUGUAGCACCCAAAGAUGAUAUCUAUGGCAUGCAUAUUCUGAGGACUACAGCCAUUAAUAAUGAGACAGUGGAUCACAUGCCUAGAGUUGAAAUGUCACGUCAAGAGACACCGACGCCCACUUGCCCGGCGGUGAGCCCCUCGCUGCCAGUCAGCUCUGUGACGGCGAUUCCCGUCGCCAGCAAGCCGGCGAAGUCGCUCAAGAAGAAGGUCAAGCCCAGGGCGAAGGUAGCGAAGAUGAAGUCCACGACAAAGGUCGACAGCGUAGCGGGGGAUGACGCGGAGCCCGCCAGCAGCCGCUCACCGUCCCCUGUCGUUUUGGUGGAACCCGAAUGGUCGAUGGACACGGACACAGUCGCCCCCGAAAUGCAAAAGCUCGAGAAGCCUCCAACGGCCCCCGUCACUAGGACAGAGGAGGUGACGGAACAGAACUCCGUCGCCAAACUGUCCAACAGGCUAAACGGGACCGUCGUGUCGCCCAAGAAGAGAGAUUCCCUGGUGGCAUUGCCGGACUCGAUAUCGAACUGCCUCAGGCCGUCGCUGUUCCCCCGCGUGCCCCCGUACUUGAAGUUCGUAGGCCACGAGGAGACUACGCCCCUGAAAAUACCGGCGCCCAUACAGAAGCACCUCAAGUGGAAGCUCACCACGAUAACGCCCAUCGUGGUGAAGAAGACCCUCACCAACUCCGGGUUCAGGCUGGUGAAGAGCGAGUGCGACACGUCCGAGUGCCCUCAAGAAGAGACCGUCGACUGGAUCGGCAUAUGGGGCAAGCACAUGAAGUCGCUAAUGUUCCGCGCGAUAAAGGACGGCCAGAAGAUGAACCACUUCCCGGGCACCUUCCAGAUCGGCAGGAAGGACCGGCUCUGGCGAAAUCUCCAAAAGUUAGUGGCGAAGUACGGCGCCAGCGAGUUCGGCAUUAUGCCCAGGACAUACGUCCUGCCGCAGGAUCUGAAGAUGCUGAAACACGACUGGGAGAAACACGCGGCGAACAACGAGAGAUGGAUCAUUAAGCCACCGGCAUCGGCGCGCGGCACGGGAAUCAAAGUGGUGUCCCGCUGGACGCAGAUCCCAAAAAAGCGGCCGGUGGUGGUGCAGCGCUACGUCACCAAGCCCUACCUCAUCAACGGGAACAAGUUCGACCUGCGCCUCUACGUGCUCGUCACCUCCGUCCACCCACUACGGAUCUACCUCUACAAGGACGGUCUCGCUAGGUUCGCCUCCGUUAAAUACAAUGACGAACUAUCGUCGUUGAAUGAUAGGUAUAUGCAUUUAACAAACUACUCCAUCAAUAGAUUGUCGAAGAAUUACACGCCGAAUGAGGAUUUUGCGGCGUGCGAAGGUCAUAAAUGGACACUGCAAACUCUUUUCCACUAUCUAAAGACUGAACGUGGGGUGGAUACAGACUCGCUUUGGGAGUCGCUCAAGGACCUGGUCAUAAAGACAAUCAUCUCUGGAGAGGCGAGCAUCAGCUCUCUAACCAAAGCCAACAUAACGUCUCGCUACAAUUGCUACGAGCUGUUCGGCAUAGACGUGCUGUUGGACGAGAGUCUCAAGCCGUGGCUUUUAGAAGUUAAUAUAUCGCCGAGUCUGCACAGCGCGUCACCACUUGACAUUCAUGUGAAGGGACCGUUGGUCACCACUGUGCUCAAUAUUGCCCAGUUCCAAGUUCCUUCGAAGACCAAUUUAGAACUACUGUCUAAGGAAAAACCCAAUAAAUUGGCUGGCUUACCUUAUGAUAGUAGGCUAUACACAGUGUACCUGUCAAAAGAAGAAAGAGAUAAACAUAUUAUAUACACAAACAUAGAAGACAGAGACGUGUAUCUCCGUGAUAUACUGUCUACCCUCACGCCCGACGACGUUCGCCAUCUGAUACAAGCGGAAGACGAGUUGACGCAGACAGGCGAUAUGGAGCGCGUGUUCCCAACGCAUGAAACGCAUAAAUACUUGGGUUUCCUCGCCGGCCCAAGAUACUACAACCGACUCUUCGAUGCCUGGGAAGCGCGCUACUCUGCUCAUAGAGAACCGGGCAUCGAGUUGCUGCGCAAGCUGUGUGGCAUUGGGUACCACCUGGAAGCGCCAGCCGUGCCUCUGCAGGUAACUGUCGCGCGGCUACUGCUAGCUCUGCUCUCCGCACUGCUCUCCCUCUGCCUCGCCCGCCUCUGG